GUCGACGUCUCGAGCAGCUUCAGAUCACCAGGCGGAGACGCAGCGGAUGCGAGAGCUCGCGCGCUUCACUCCUUAUUUAAAGGGAACAAACCCAGCUGAGGACUUUGGCAUUUCGGGUCUCGUAUUUUCAAACUUCUGAGCAAGAAGUUUACUUUUCAGCAUCUUUUUUUUUUCUCUUGCUUGGCUACGGUUCUGGUUUUGGAGUGAAGAUGGGAGCUCAGCUGUCUAAGGGUGGAGCAGCCGAGGCUGAGAGCGCAGCCGCUAAAACCAACGGCCAGGAGAACGGCCAUGUCAAAACCAACGGUGACGUGUCGGCCAAACCCGAGGGAGAGGCGGCGGUGGCCGACGGCAACGGAACCGCAGAGGCCGUCAAAGACACGGCGGAGGCCGGGGACGCCAUCGAGGCUGCAGAUGGCGAGGGAACCAGCGCCAAGGCAGCAGAGAGCGAGGCACCCAAGGAGACCAAGAAGAAGAAGAAGUUCUCCUUGAAGAAUUCGUUCAAGUUUAAAGGCCUGUCGCUGAAGAAGAACAAGAAGAGCACCGAGGAACCAGCGGAGGCGGCGGCGGCAGCGCCAGAGGAGAACGGUCACGCCCCCAAGGAAACCAAAGAGGAGGAGCCGGCUGCCGAGACCAACGAGGUAGCUGCUGAGGCUGAGGCAGAGGCACAGGUGGAGGCAGAGGCAGCACCAGCACCUGCUGCAGAGGCUGCAGAGGAGGAGCCUAAAGCAGAAGAGCCUGCCCCUGUGGCAGAAGCCACACCCACAGAGGAGAGCGCCAAAUCCGAGGAAGCUCCUGCUUCCACUCCCGCUGAGACCGAGGCCACGCCUGAGGCCACGCCCGCUGAGCCCACACCAGCCUCGGAGUAACCUACUGCGACCGGACUGAUUUUCCCCUCAUUCCUUUCUUUUUAUUUUUUGUUUCUUUUCUUUUUUUCUUUUUUUAAAGAUUGAAAUAUAUGAAAUAUAUAUAAGAGACUUGAACCACGUCAUUGAAGUUUCAUUGAAGUUACAGCAGUGUCACUACAGAGAAAGACGAGCCGACAAAAAAGAUAAAGAAAAGCAUCACAGUUUCUCUCGUUCACUCGCUCCUUCUCUGCUGUGGACGUACGAAUCGGGACUGCGGAGGAGAAACGGAUUCUCAAACCAGAUCGGAAUAUUUUCCAGUAGAUGAAAGUGUAUCAUACGUACCAGUCUCAUAGCCCACGUUUUUCCCGUCUUGGAUGGCAGUGGCAGGCGAGCAAAUUGACGAAUCGUCACUGACGGUUAAAGGACAAUGUGAAGCCUCUUGAAAUAGUGUGUGUUUGUUUUUAGAAGCUCUCCAUUCCUCUGUUUUUUAACCCCUGAAAACACAUGCGAGUAUUUAGUGCAGAGACUUUGGAGGGGUGGUUUAGGUGUAGGCUGCUUUCUGAUGAGCUUUUGAAACGUGUCGUCUCUCUCUCUGGAGUUCGACGUAGGGGUGUAAAAAAAACCACUGCUUUUAUCAGCUUCUUUUUGUUUGUUCAUCUGUAUAUAAUUUUUGUCUUUAUUUUUUUGCUAACAUUUUAAACGUUAAUGGUUUUAUUGUAAGGCCAAAUAAAUGUCUGAUCUCCUCAUUCA